AUGGAGGCCUCUCUUAACCUCUCAAAUUGUCCCACAAGACCAUUAACACAUGCAAAAACUAAAUCCCCACCAUCAACUUCUAUCACAUGCACAAUUGAAAUAAACCGUCACACCUUCACAAAAACACCACUUCGAAAAAUCAUAUCACCCGAUAUUAAACCGGUUUCUAAACCGUUACUAGAAUCAACCACCCUCUCUCCUCCAAUACUUAACCCUUUUCAAAAACUAGCAACCUCCGCACUAGACUUGGUGGAAAGCUCACUUAUGAGCCUUAAUAAAGACCAUAAACUACCCCGCCCGAUAGACCCCGUGGUUCAGCUUAAGGGAAACUUUGCACCGGUUCCUGAGUGCCCGGUCCAUCACGGGCUUGAAGUAACCGGUGCAAUCCCUGUUGAGCUACACGGGGUUUACCUCAGGAACGGGGCAAACCCUGUGUUUAAGCCAACAUGCGGGCACCAUCUUUUCGACGGUGAUGGGAUGAUCCACGCCGUCACGUUGGGACCUAAUAAUAAAGCUAGCUACUGCUGCCGGUUCACUCGAACGAGCCGGUUGCAACAAGAAUUAUCGCUCGGUCGGGCUUGUUUCCCGAAGCCGAUUGGUGAGCUGCAUGGCCACCUUGGGUUGGCCCGGCUCGCGUUGUUUUACGCCCGAGGUUUGGCCGGUUUGCUGGAUACGGGUCAUGGGAUGGGCGCAGCGAAUGCGGGCUUGGUUUAUUUUAAUGGGCGUUUGCUCGCGAUGUCGGAGGAUGAUUUACCGUAUGUUAUACGGGUUACCCGAGAUGGAGAUCUUGAAACAAGUGGACGGUUUGAUUACAACGGACAGGUUAACUGCCCGUUGAUUGCGCACCCUAAGGUGGACCCUGAAACAGGUGAACUUUUCUCGUUGAGUUACGAUGUUGUAAACAAACCUUACCUUAAAUUCUUCGGAUUCGAACCCAACGGUCGUAAGUCACGUGAGGUUUCCAUUUCGCUUCACCAACCGACAAUGAUACAUGACUUUGCAAUCACGAAACAUCACGUGAUCAUCCCGGAUCACCAAGUUGUAUUCAAGUUGUCCCAAAUGGUUCGGGGCAAGUCCCCCGUGGUGUUUGACCCGAAUAAGGUGUCUAGAUACGGUAUCCUACCGAAAACAGCCGAAAACGAAUCAAGUAUCCAAUGGAUCGACGUACCCGAUUGCUUUUGUUUCCAUAUAUGGAAUGCAUGGGAGGAAGAUGACACAAAUGGUGACAAAAUCAUUGUAGUAAUCGGGUCAUGCAUGACCCCUCCGGAUGCCAUAUUCAACGAAAGCGAAAACAGCCCGCUUUGUAGCGAACUAACCGUGAUUCGGUUAAACAAGACAACAGGAGGGUCGACCCAACAUGUUAUCGGGUCGGGUUUGAAUUUGGAUGCGGGUACGAUUAAUAGAAAAAAACUUGGACGUAAAACUCGGUAUGUGUAUUUAGCAAUAGUUGAACCCUGGCCAAAAUGCAGUGGUAUGGCCAAGGUUGAUUUGGAGGAUAAAAAAAUUACAAAGUUUUUCUAUGGGAACAGACGGUUCGGUGGUGAACCGUUUUUUGUUCCCGUAGAAAACGGUGAGAGAGAAGACGACGGUUACCUAAUGAGUUAUGUCAGAGACGAAGAUAGCGAGAAAUCGGAAUUAGUAGUAGUUGAAGCUUCAAAUAUGAAGCAAAUAAGUAGAGUGAAGUUACCCGGUAGGGUACCAUAUGGUUUUCAUGGUACGUUUAUUGGUACCAAAGAUUUGGAUAAUCAAUACUAAACAUGUUUAUAGUUUAUACCACCU